CUUGAUAAUCAUUGGGAAUUUGAAUUCGACGAUAAUAUAGCUCAACAGAUUGUGCCACGAAGCGCAGAAAAACACACACAAUACGACGUUUCGAAACUUUGCGAUCACUGCCGAACGAUGAAAAUAUGGUCUCAGGACUUUGAGUUCUAUGACACCAUGUCAAGCCUUGAAGAUCGGUCUGGAGAUUGUGGCCUAUGUGGCCUAUUGUGUCAGGCGAUGCUUGAUAGAGCCGCUAGACGCGAUGAAGUUAUUAAAUUUAUUAGAAACCGUUCCUCGUUGACCUUCGGCCACAGCCAUUGGAGCCCGAUUCUGUCUCUAUGCACAACAUCUGAAUCCGAGACUCUGCGCUCUAACGAGGUGCAACUUGGGUUUCCUUCUUUAGCCGAUCCAGGCAGUGAGACCCAAAUGAAGAUAAUUUCCUCCUGGAUUGAAAGUUGCGACCAGGCUCAACAUAUCCCUGACGCCGAUAACUUCAUCCCGAGUAGGCUAUUGUAUGUUGGCGAUAUGAAGUCCAGCCGCGUCUGGCUGCUAGGUGAAUUGGGAGACCAGAUGAAGCCAGUGAAGUAUGUCGCCCUUUCUCAUCGAUGGGGAAAUCCCAAGCAGAAGCAACCGAAAUACGUGACCGCCGCCGUUACGACGUUUGAUAACCUCGGCAUGAUCGGAUCUCCUGAAGGAUUAGACCAGUCAGAACUUCCAAAGACGUUCCAAGACGCUAUUUCGGUAACAAGAAAGCUGAAUUUGAACUACCUGUGGAUAGACUCCUUGUGCAUCCUGCAGAGAACGGGGAAGGGCGGGGAUGCCGAAUCCACUGCAGACUGGGAGAAAGAGUCAAAACUGAUGGAGAAGAUCUUCCACUCUGCUUAUAUCACUAUUGCUGCUAGCUGCGCUGAGCAUAGGUUCGACGGCUUCCUCAAGCCACGGGCCUCGCGGAAAUUUGUAACGAUGGCGGCAGAUGACGGUUCUCUGUUUCAUGUUUGUGAGGUGAUCGAUAAUUUCGAUGCCCACGUUGAACAGGGAGAACUUAAUAAACGGGCCUGGGUCCUGCAAGAACGCGCUCUCUCACGCCGAACCAUUUAUUUCGCUGAUGCCCAAGUAUACUGGGAGUGUGGGCAAGGUAUAAGAUGCGAAACAUUCACAAAGAUGAAGAACCGUAAAGCAUCUUUUCUUGGCGACUCCAAUUUCCCACACUCUGCCGAGGCGUACAAAGAAGGGAGAAAAUUACAGCACUACCAAGAUCUUUAUGAAAAGUUCUCCACCUUAGGGCUUACCUAUCCCAGCGACAGACCGAGGGCGAUCUCAGGUCUUGAGACAAGAUUGAUGAAGGCUAUGGACUCAGCAGGCGGCUACGGCGUGUUUGAGUCACACUUUCACCGGGGACUACUAUGGCAUCGCGAACUAUCGACACCUAGACUGGAAAGAAUUGAACUGAAAUCCGACGAUAAGGUCCCAUCCUGGUCGUGGACCGCCUAUAGCGGAGAGAUACGAUACAUGAACGUGCCGAUGGGGAAAAUCGAAAAGAACGAUGGGAUCAAGUCACCUUUCCAAGUCGAUAAGCCCACUACUUCAGGUGUAUCUGGGAGCGAAGCUAGAUCAAGUGAGAUCAAAGCGCCCUUGCGUACCUUGACUGAGAACCAUCAGGGCUGGCUGAUUCUGGACGACCCAAACCGGAAACUAGAGAAGCCACUUCACUGUAUUGUUGUUGGAAAAAAUCAUCAACAACAUCAUGGGAAACAGGCGCAUUAUGUUUUGCUUGUUCAAGAAAACCGUGAACUUGAAGCCUACGAGAGAGUGGGAGUCGCAUAUCUGAGUGCCGAAGGGCUGGAACCAGACAUCGAUUCUCCAGUUGUGAGAAUUUGGUAA